AUGGCCGCUGCUGCCGCCGCGCCCAUACGCAUCACGCCACAGGAGCACUCGGUCGCACUCGUCGCUUUGGGCUGCCCGAAGAACACUGUCGACGCAGAGGUGAUGCUGGGCGAUCUACAGCGGCACGGGCUGCGGGUGGUGCGCGAGCCGGAGAAUGCUGACAUCGUCGUCGUCAAUACCUGCGCCUUUGUCGAGGAUGCAAAGCGCGAGUCGGUCGCCGCGAUCGUCGACGCGGCGAGGCUCAAGGCGGACCGCAGCUCGCGCGUGCGCGGCCUCUACGUGACGGGGUGCAUGGCGCAGCGCUACGCCGAGGAGCUGGCGGACGAGCUGCCAGAGGUGGACGCCGUCGUCGGGUUUGAGUCGUGCGCGGCCUCUAGAUGCGGGACCACCACUCCUCGUCCUCCCCUCCGAGGAGCCACGCCUCUCGAGGGCGAGACAGUCCGGUUCCAGCUCACCGCGGCGCACACAGCCUACCUGCGCGUCGCCGAGGGCUGCGACCACGCCUGCUCCUUUUGCGCCAUCCCGGGCUUCCGCGGCGCCUUCCGCUCCAAGCCGUUCGACACGGCGCUGCUCGUCGAGCGAGGCGUGCGCGAGAUCAACCUGAUCGCCGAAGACACCAACCACUGCCCACAGAGCUCUCCGCUCCUCCGCUCCCCCGCUCCGCCCCCACAGCUCUCCGCCCUGCCCGGCCUGCGCUGGAUCCGACUGCUCUACUGCUACCCGAGCUACUUCUCCGACGACCUCGUCGCCGAGAUCGCAACCAACCCGAAGGUGGUCAAGUACAUCGACAUCCCGCUCCAGCACCUCGCCGCGCCGACCCUGCAGCGCAUGCGCCGCCCGGGCGCCACCGCGCCGACCGCGCCGCCGCUCUGUCGGCGGCUGCGGCGCGAGGUCCCGAGCCUCGUCCUGCGCACAACCUUCAUCUGCGGCUUCCCGGGAGAGAGCGACGACGACCACGACGAGCUCGCGCGCCGUCUCGGCUUUGAGCGCGGCGGCGCCUUCUCCUACUCCGCCGAGGACGGCACGCCCGCGGCGAGCAUGGCGGGGCAGGUGGAGGAGGAGACCAAGCAGGCGCGCAAGGACGAGCUCGUCGCCUUGUUCCAGGAAGCGUCGGCCGCGUGGGCCGAGGCGCGAGUGGGGAGCGAGCUGCGCGUGAUGGUCGAUCGGAUGGACGGGCUGGACGCGGUCGGCCGCACCGAGCACGACGCGCCCGACAUCGACGGCGCCGUCCGCAUCCCGGCGAUGCCGCUGCCGCCGGGCUCAGAGGCGCAUUCCGCCGCCGCCGCCGCCCCCGCCCCCGCCGCUCUCGCCGCCCGCCGCUCCCACCCUUCGCUCCGCCGCCGUCGCUGCCGUACGUUGUGA